CCACAUUUCACUUGCCCAACUUCAUUUAUGGUUGAUUUGAUGUUUAUAAUAUAAAAGCGCGCCAGAACGCACCCAAAAUCAGUUCAUGUCGUUAACUUCUUCAAACAUGAAUACUUUUACGGUUGUCUUCUAUGUAUCCAUUGCAAUCACUCUGGCUUUGGCCUUUCCAGAUGGACACGACCACGCCGACCAUCACGCUCCCGCGGGAUACCACUUCGAAUACGGUGUCCACGAUCCCCACACCAAAGAUCACAAAUCCCAAGAGGAGCACCGUGACCACGACAAGGUUAAAGGAAGUUACGUCGUCCACGAACCGGAUGGUACCAAGAGGAUCGUAGAGUACACCUCCAAUAAACACGAUGGGUUCCAAGCGGUGGUGAGACGUGAAGGACAUGCCCAACAUCCCGCCCAUUAUGGUAAAGACGGACAUGGACAUGCUGGACAUGGACAUGGUGGUGUCGGUGGUACCAGUUACGUAGGCGUUACCCAUUGGGGACAUGGUUCUGGCAAAUAAAGACUGAUAAAUCUUAGAAAUUUAUUUGUUGAAUUAAAUACAUGUUUUCGCUGAA